AGUCCUCAGAUGAAAGUGGAUUGGCCAACACCUCAACACGAACUCAGCUUCCACAGUCCAUGAAGAUCAUGCACGAGAUUAUGUACAAGCUGGAGGUGUUGUAUGUUCUCUGCGUGCUGCUCAUGGGGAGACAAAGGAAUCAGGUUCAUAAAAUGAUAGCGGAGUUCAAACUGAUUCCUGGCCUCAAUAACUUGUUUGACAAACUGAUCUGGAGAAAGCAUUCAGCAUCAGCCCUUGUUCUGCAUGGACACAAUCAAAACUGUGAUUGUAGCCCAGACAUUACUUUAAAGAUCCAGUUCUUGAGGCUUCUUCAGAGCUUUAGUGAUCACCAUGAGAACAAGUAUCUCCUUUUAAACAGCCAAGAGCUUAAUGAGCUGAGUGCGAUCUCCCACAAAGCCAACAUCCCUGAAGUUGAUGCUGUUGUCAACACAGACAGGAGCCUUGUCUGUGAUGGGAAGAGAGGUUUGUUGACCAGACUGCUUCAGGUCAUGAAGAAGGAACCAGCUGAAUCCUCCUUCAGGUUUUGGCAAGCAAGGGCAGUUGAAAGUUUUCUGCGAGGCACCACCUCCUAUGCAGACCAGAUGUUCUGCUUGCUGAAGAGAGGGCUCCUGGAGCAUAUUCUCUACUGCAUUGUUGACAGUGAGUGCAAAUCGCGAGAUGUGCUUCAGAGUUACUUUGACCUUCUGGGAGAGCUGAUGAAAUUCAACAUUGAUGCGUUCAAGAGGUUCAACAAGUACAUCAACACAGAUGAGAAGUUCCAGAUAUUUUUAAACCAGAUCAACAGUUCAUUGGUUGACUCAAACAUGCUUGUUCGCUGCAUUACGCUGUCCCUGGACCGAUUUGAGAAUCAGUCUGAUGCUAAAGUUGCUGAAGUCCUGUCAGAGUGCCGCCUGCUAUCGUAUAUGUCCCAGAUGUCCAUGAGAAUGUCCUUCCUUUUCCGUCUCAUUAAUAUUAUUCAUGUACAGACACUUACGCAGGAAAACGUCAGUUGUUUGAACACAAGUUUAGUUAUCCUAAUGCUGGCCCGAAGGAAAGAAAAGCUACCUUUUUAUCUGCGCACUUUGCAACAGAUGGAAUAUACAGAAAAAUACCCAGGCUUCAUCCUGAACAACUUCCACAGUCUCCUGCGAUUCUGGCAACAGCAUUACCUCAACAAGGAUAAAGACAGCACCUGCUUAGAAAAU